AUGUCGGACUAUUGUACGAAAAUGGCGCUGCUGGACGAUACGAACGGAAACACGGUGAACCUCAACUCCCACCCGGGUGGGGAAGCCGCCGGAGAAGGUUGCAUGGUGACCACAACCGCUGAAUCGGCCGCGAUGCUUCAAUCCCCGUCAAACGACGAUCUGAGCCAGAGUCUCUCGGAGUACACGGACGCCGAUGAAAGCAUAUCAGCCCCAACCGAACUGCUGGCCGAGUUUCUCUCCGCCAUCAUGAUCCGGGACUACGUGAACGCGCUGAAGUACUGCAAGCAAAUACUACAAUACGAGCCGAACAACACGACCGCACGGGACUUUUACCCGCACAUCCUGUCAAAGAUCAACGAGAACCAGAGCAAUGAGCUGUCUGGUGAGAGUGAUGAGAACUACAACUUCAACUACAGCUCGCCUCUGGCAUCAUCCGGCUCGUCACCAACGUCCUCAUCCGCACCGUCCCGCUCGUCCCGUGCAUCCGCCUCCUCAUCAUCAUCCUCCGGUUGCGAUGAUAUCGACGAAGUGAUCAUGGUGUGCAGCAGUGACAGCGACGAUUCCUCCGAGGCGUGCCAUUCAUUCCCGGAAUCGAUCGAUGACGAACCGGGUGGGGAAUCCGGUACGCGGCAGGUUCCGGUGGCCAGCGGUCGGCUUGGUCCUGUGCGGUCUUCACAUUCCGGCCGCAACCCCCUGGCCCCGGCCGGGUCUCGUUCGCUCAGUGACAGCAACACGUCGCAGUCUUACUCGAGUUUGCUGCUCGAGGACGAGGAGAAGGACCUCACGCUGUCAGACAUUUCUAACCUCAACAUCGAGGAAGACGAGACAUCCAAUGAUUGUGGAGGUUCUCUUGGGAGCAGCAGUUCGCCACUCGAUCCGGUUGGGAAACCGGCGCUUCUUGUUCCGGCAGUUGUGGCCAAACCUGUCGCAAGCACGAACCUCGGAUCGGCCUCCGUGUUUGCCUCCAAACUCGUCGCCAUGCUACGGUCAAAGGUUAUACCCUCGAAGGGAGCGGGCGACUGA